CUCCCUCUCUUCCUCAUCCUUUCCCAUCGCACAAGGCGCACAUGUCACAGCCGCAGACGGUACCCUGCGCCUACAAGACGGGCCGCACCUUGGGUCAAGGCACUUACGCCGUCGUCAAGGAGGCCGUCCAUAUCAAGACUGGCAAGUACUAUGCAUGCAAGGUCAUCAGUAAGAAGUUGAUGGAGGGGAGGGAACACAUGGUACGCAAUGAGAUUGCAGCAUUGAAGAGGGUGUCGCAGGGUCACAGGUCCAUCGUCACUCUCGUCGACUACUUUGAGACGAUGAACAACUUGUAUCUCGUGACGGAUCUGUGCGUCGGUGGAGAGCUCUUUGAUCGCAUCUGCGAGAGGGGCAGCUACUACGAGCAGGACGCCGCGCACAUCGUCAAGACAGUCACAGAAGCAGUCAAGUACCUCCACGACCAGAGCAUCGUCCAUCGCGACCUCAAGCCGGAGAACCUCCUCUUCAGAGACAAGACGGAGGAUUCGGACUUGCUGAUCGCAGACUUUGGGCUCAGUAGAGUCGUUGACGAGGACAAGAUCACCGUCCUCUCGACUACGUGCGGUACACCAGGCUACAUGGCGCCAGAGAUCUUUAAGAAGAGUGGGCAUGGCAAGCCGGUCGAUAUGUGGGCAAUUGGCGUCAUCUCUUACUUCCUCCUCGCCGGCUACACCCCCUUCGACCGGGACUCCACCGCUGAAGAGAUGCAAGCAAUCGUCGCAGGCGAUUAUGCCUUUGAGCCCGAAGUCUACUGGGCCGGCGUGUCAGAUGCGGCCCGCGACUUCAUCAAUCGUCUUCUGACCGUCGAGCCCUCAAAACGCAUGACAGCCAGCCAGGCCCUUGAGCACCCUUGGUUGGCAACGGAUGCUGCGAGAAAGGAGGGCGAGCAGCGCGACUUGCUGCCGGACAUCAAGAGCGCUUUCAAUGCCAAGCGUACCUUCCGCAAGGCUGUCAAUGGUAUCCGACUCAUCAAUCGACUGCGAUCCGAAACGGCUGACAGCAAUUCGACAAAGCAAGAGGUCGAGGCGCUGCGCAAGCGAAUCGUCGAGUCGGAGGAGAGGGAGAACGUCGACGAGGUGCUGGAUGUGCCCGAGCAGUCUCAUCCGCCGUCGUCCUCCAACGAGCAGGUGCGCGUGUAAAGGUGGUGGAGCACGACGGAGGGAUCCGAGGUAGCGCUGGUCUGCACUCUUGUCUUCUGCUUUCUCUCUCGUCGUCAUCCCUCUCCCGCGUCCGGCUACGGUGGUGUCGCUACGAUCUCCUUCUGUCCUCGACUGUCUUUAAUAUCUUGAUUGCUCUCGACUCCAAUGCCUGCGCUGGACAUCUCUGCGUCCGUCGCCAUCGUAAGAGGGGAAAACGAAGGCAGUAUCGCUUCGUCGUUACCACUUUUCGCGGUGCAUAAAAAAAAGGGCGUCCCCGGGAGUCGAACCCGG